UACGCCCUGGUGAUCGCACAGUACAAGCGAGGUCACUACGGCGUUGGCGACGAGGAAAGCUUUCACUGGGCACUCGUGGUUAUUGCCGGCGAGCACGACCUGUCCGGCCCCAUGUAUCAAGUCACCAAUCGCAUCAACCACACUCGCGACGGCGUCGCCUGGGAUAUCUCGUACGCGGACAGCGUGUCAUUGAUGAAGAGUUCGAUGUGUCUUGGGGGCGUUCGAAUCGGCACGAUCAUGAAGUCGGAUUUGAAGGAGUUCAAGAAGAUUGUCGCCGGGAACACACCUCAGCCUGACUCCGAUCAGUGGAACUGCCGCGACUGGAUCAUGCAGUGCUUGCGGCUCCUGGAGGGGAAAGGCUGGCUGAGCGAUGGUAUCCGCACUCAGCAGGACCUCUUUCCCCUUCUGAAGCAAGCAAGCCUGCUGACCGUGCAAAACGGCACGCCGGCGACCCUCAAAUUCUCUCCGAGUCGAUCGUCUUGA